AUGGUGCGGGUCCGAGCCGUGGUGAUGGCCCGAGAUGACUCCAGUGGGGGCUGGCUGCCUGUGGGGGGCGGGGGCCUCAGCCAGGUGAGCGUAUGUCGGGUCCGAGGGGCCAGGCCCGAGGGGGGGGCCCGCCAGGGGCACUACGUCAUCCACGGGGAGCGGCUUCGGGACCAGAAAAUCACCUUGGAGUGUACCCUGAGGCCAGGUUUGGUUUACAACAAAGUGAACCCUAUCUUCCACCACUGGAGCCUGGGUGAUUGCAAGUUUGGGCUGACGUUUCAGAGUCCUGCCGAGGCCGAUGAAUUCCAGAAGGGUCUUCUAGCUGCGCUGGCUGCACUCAGCCGAGGCUCACUUACUCCCUCCUCUUCCUCUUCCUCCUCCUCCCCUUCCCAGGACACUGCAGAGACCCCCUGCCCUCUGACGUCCCAUGUAGAUAGCGACUCCUCCUCCAGUCACAGCCGCCAGGAAACUCCUCCCACAGCUGUCUCAGCGCCUAUUGUCACGGUGGAGUCAACAACUGCCUUCCCACCGGCCACUCCCCCACAACAGCGCCGCUCCUCUGCUCAGAGCUACCCUCCGCUUCUACCGUUCACUGGUAUUCCAGAAGCCUCAGAGUCUCUAGCCGGGGCAGGGAGCCAGGGCUGGGGCGGCCGUGGCUAUGAGGACUACCGGCGAUCUGGACUACCGGCACCUCUUCCUCUGUCUACCUGCGUCGUGGGCUUUGUGAAGACUGGUGCAUUGAGGGGUGCAGCCCUGGGUCCCCCAGUGUCACUCCCUGCCCCUCUCACUGAGGCUGCACCCCCAGCACCUCCUGCUCGUCCACCCCCAGGUCCGGGCCCCACCUCUGCUCCAGCCAAGGCCUCCCCUGAGGCCGAGGAGGCUGCACGUUGUGUGCACUGCCGAGCACUCUUCCGCCGCCGUGCGGAUGGUCGUGGUGGCCGCUGCGCAGAGGCACCUGACCCAGGUCGCUUGCUAGUGCGCAGGCUCAGUUGCCUGUGGUGCGCCGAGAGCUUGCUGUACCACUGCCUGUCGGACGCCGAGGGCGACUUCUCGGACCCGUGCGCUUGUGAGCCAGGCCACCCACGCCCUGCUGCACGCUGGGCCGCUCUGGCUGCACUGUCUCUGGCAGUGCCCUGUCUCUGCUGCUACGCGCCUCUGCGCGCCUGUCACUGGGUUGCGGCACGCUGUGGCUGUGCUGGCUGCGGGGGUCGUCAUGAGGAGGCUGCUCGGUGA